CAUGAUAAAAACAUGUCAGAUGACACUGUAAACAACCUAGAUACAUUGACUAUGUAAAGUGCUGUUAUUAUAAUUAAAGAAGACAAAACACGCGCGUGAACAAUUACAGAGAACACACGAUUCUGUAUGAAAGCACUAAUUAAGUUUUUACAAGAACAAUGGCUUCAUUUAAGGACAGGGAACUUCUUCUUAGUGAAAAGUCGCAAAGUGAAAGUAGAAUAGUUACCAGAAGUUACCAGCAAAGGAGGAGAUUUUCAUUCUUGACAACAAUUUGCACAAUAUGCUUUGCAGCAUCUUUGGGAGCUUUUGGAAUAUUUGUUUCUAUGACAUUUUAUGACUGCAUGGUUGAAGGAAACUUGGAAACAAAUGCUACAGAUACAGAUUUUGAAGCCGGAGAUGUUGUAUCUAACAGUCCUCAGUGCUCCAGCAUACCGCAUACUAACAGACAAGAUUGCUGGCCCCAGUCUGGUGUUGUCACACAACACAAGUGUGAACAGAAAGGAUGCUGCUGGAACCCAUUCUAUGGAAACUCUCCCAUGCUGGGAGGUGUACCAUUUUGUUUCUACCCAAGUGAUUAUCAGGGUUACACAGUGACCAGUGUCCAGAAAUCUGACACAGGAAUGAAGGUAAUGUUACGGUUGCAGCAACCCUCUGGAUGGCCAAAUGAUGUACAGAAUGUAGCACUAGAUGUCACAUUUGAUACAGCACAGAGACUCAGUUUCAAGUUCUUUGACCCAAAUAAUGCAAGGUAUGAGGUACCAGUCAAAGUGUCAAGGUCAACCAACCAUGUAACAGCAGCGAAUACUGAAUACAAUGUAGAUAUACCAUCUCAAGGACGUUUCUACAUCACCGUGACUAGGAAGUCAUCUGGUCAAGUAUUGUUCAGUACACAAGGUGCAUCACCACUGGUAUUUGCAGACCAGUUUAUUCAGCUUGGUACCCAGCUCAGUACAAAGUAUAUAUAUGGGCUAGGAGAACACCGGGCAGCAUUCCUGGUCAGCACUAACUGGACCAAACUGGCAUUUUGGAGCAGAGAUCAACCACCAUCUCGACAUUCGAACCUGUAUGGUGUUCACCCAUUCUAUUUAAAUAUUGAAGAAGACCACAAUGCACAUGGGGUGUUCCUUCUGAACAGUAAUGCCAUGGAGGUUGAGGUGCAACCGGCACCAGCAUUAACCUACAGGACCACAGGGGGUGUACUGGAUUUCUUUGUUUUCACUGGACCUACCCCAGAUAAUGUCGUACAACAGUAUACUGAACUUAUUGGUCGGCCCUUCAUGCCGCCAUACUGGGCUCUUGGCUUCCAUCUGUGUCGCUGGAAAUAUGGGGGAAUAGAUGGCAUGAAAAAAGUCAUCAAGAGAAUGAGAGAUGCCAAAAUGCCAUUUGACACUCAGUGGAAUGAUAUAGAUUACAUGCGUAAGCAUCUAGACUGGACGUAUGAUACUAAAACAUUUAAUGGACUGCCAGAUGUUGUAGCAGAUCUUCAUCAGCAUGGACAACAUUACAUCAUGAUAAUUGACCCAGGUAUAAGCAAUGUUCAGCCUUCAGGGUCGUACCCAGCCUAUGAUGAUGGUCUCAAGAUGGACAUAUUCAUAAAAAAACCUGAUGGUUCAGCCCCUAUUAUAGGAACGGUAUGGCCAGGUACAACAGCAUUCCCAGACUUCUUUCAUCCUAACUCUUCAGCAUACUGGCUACAGCAGGCCAAAGCCUACCAUGAUAUGGUACCAUUUGAUGGAAUAUGGAUUGACAUGAAUGAGCCUUCUAACUUUGUAGCUGGGUCAGAGUCUGGGUGUCCCGACAAUACAUUAGAAAAUCCACCUUUUGUUCCACCAGUUUUACUUGGAGGGAAAUUAAAAGACAAGACACUGUGUGCAUCAGCAAAGCAACACAUUUCAUCUCAUUAUAACCUGCACAGUCUGUAUGGACACAGUGAAGCAAUCGCCACAAAAAGUGCGCUAGACAUUAUAAAAGGAGGGAACACAAGAAGUAUAGUAAUAUCUAGGUCAACCUACCCUAGCACCGGGGUACACUCUGGUCACUGGCUGGGUGAUAACAAUGCACAGUGGACUGAUUCAUAUUACUCCAUACCAGGUAUAUUAAACUUUAAUUUGUUUGGAAUCCCACUGGUUGGUGCAGAUAUUUGUGGGUUCAAUGGAAACACGAACACGGAACUGUGUACUCGGUGGAUGCAGCUAGGAGCUUUCUACCCAUUCAUGAGGAAUCAUAAUACCUUUGGAACUGUGGAUCAGGAUCCUGCGGCUUUUGACCAAGCCACACAAAAGAUUAUGAGAGAUGCCCUCAACCUCAGAUAUACCUUACUGCCUUACCUAUAUACAUUGUUCUAUAGAAGUCAUGUAGAUGGCCUACCAGUUGUUAGGCCUUUGUUCUUCCAAUAUCCAGUGAGUGACUAUAAUGUAACAUAUAUGACAGAUGUACAGUUUAUGUGGGGAUCUGCUCUUCUUAUAACUCCCACUACUUCACAGAAUACCUACAAAGGUAUGGGAUACCUGCCUAAGGACCGCUGGUAUGACUGGUUCAACCAUUCUUACAUUGACUCACCUGGUCACUAUAUAACCUUUGACCUUCCCAUGGAACACAUCAACCUUCAGGUGAGAGGAGGCUCCAUUAUACCUCUCCAGUCCCCGAAUGUUACAACAACACUCGCAAGGAAGAACAAUUUCAUCAUUUACGCAGCUCUAGAUGUGAGUGGUUCAGCUAGCGGGGAACUAUACUGGGAUGAUGGAGAAUCAAUGGUGGAUAACAUAAUUAUUUGGCCGAAUCAAAUAACAAUAUGGUCCACAAUCAGAUGGCUCCUGUAAAAUUGGCAAUGUCGGAAGAUAUCGCAGUGCAUGGGAAAGUCACCAGAUUCUGUGCAAAAUAUGGAAUAACUCCUACAUGUACUCUGAGGAUGUUGCAGCAUCUUUAAAGGCACCAGAAUGCUUCACAUGCUUUAGUUUAUAAGUGACAUUUAUGAAAAGGUGUUUUAACAUUACAUGAGAGCGAGAAUCUCUCUAUUAACACACAUUUCCUUUCCUGUUAAAACACCCCCGAAAAGUGACAAGAACAGCAGUUUUAUGCUAGAAUUGAUGUAGAAUCAUAAUUCUAAUAAAUAAUUCAUUUUAUGUGUGUAUUUCUAAACGCUGUUUGAGAUGACUUUAAAAACCUUGUGAAUUAAUGUCAAUUUUUUUUCUUGUUACUUCAAAUGUCUAUUAUUUAAUGGGACAACCCUCGUAUAUCAUCAGUAAUAUGCUUUUGUUUUGGAAAUAUUUCACUGUUCACUGGCAGAAUUAAUUAAAAUAUUCAUGUUAUUAUAUCAUUUUGUACAGGGGCACCAAUUACCGGUAUACUUAUAAUUAUUAUGUUUGUAUUGAAUAUCUUAGCCAUAUUUGUCAGUUGGUAUUGUAAAUGGUCAAAGGUAAAUUGCCAAUUUUCCCUGGAAACAAAAUGUGAAAUUAACUUUAAGGAAAUUAGAGCCCCUAGAUCAAAUUAUGGAAAUGUGGUUUCUAAAUCAGAUUUUGAGUAAAUAUUGUGGUGUCUAAUGAAUGUCUGGUAUUUUAGCAGUUUGUGAAAGUUUUAAAGGAAGUUAUAUUUAAAUGAUAAAUUUUUACUGAUACAGAAACAAUUCUCAGUGUGAAAGGACAAUUGAACAGGGGAAAAAUUGCUUUUUUGGUAACUACAUAUGGAAUGAAAUUUAUGUCUAUCUUUAACUUCUUUUUACAACAACGUUCAUGUCAAAGUUGCUGGUUAUUCAUAGCUACAUUUAGAUUUCUACUAGGCAAUGACAUGGUGGGGAAAGUACUUAAAGUGUUUUAUACAUUUAUUUGUCAUUUGGAAUAAUUUGGAUGUUGAGCCUAAUUGCAGUGAGCUUGAUAAAGUAAUCAAAACAUCUUUUCAGGACUUUGACAGGUGUCGAGAAGUUUUUAAAGUAAUUGGAAAAAAAUUUGAACCAUGCCAUUAGA